AUGUCCGCCGCGCGCGGUGCUCUGUUGCGUCUCGGCGCGAGAUUACGAUUAGCUCAACCGAUGCGCCCCGCCUCAGGGGCGUCGCGCGGUUUCGCGAGCGGAGGUGGCGGGGUGACGCACGAGGGCGUGACGCUGCACGACGCGUCCUUCGCGCACAAGGCGUUGGGCACCGGAUUCGGCGCGGUGAUGUGGUUUUGGGUGUUCUAUAGAUUUUAUCACGACGGUGACACGUUGAUUUACGGUCACGCACCGCACUUUGAACACGACGACGAUGACCAUCACUGA